GUGACAACAAUUCAGCAUAUCGAGCCUUGGCUCGACGCUGGCUCAACGCUGGACCAAGACCCUGGUUGCCCGGUCGGGCUUUCUCCAAACCGGCUAUCAUGAGGCCAUCGUCCCUGCAGAUUGUAUGCACUCGUAACUCAAGUUAUUUGUGCUCGAGUAAAACCAUUUUACUACCCGAUACCGCUCACUCGGGAGAUCGGCAGGCUGGCCCCAUGGAGACAGAUGCUGAGGCUCAAACCAAUCGUUGGGGGUUACGCCAAGUGGGAAUCGAAUCAACCUAAUAAACUCUUGGCAAUCAAAUAUCCUCACUGCGAAAUCGUUCACCGCUAGCAGCAGGCCAUCAAAUGCUCGGCAAAUCACAGAACCCACCCAACAUCCGAUGUUUGUCACAUCACAAAUGAAACAUACUGUAUCAUAUUAUAGCACUCGACUUCCACCCCGACCAGCGCGCCAUCACCCGGAAAUGCGGUCCACCCUCCCCCCCAAACACUUGUCUUCACCCGCGAUCUCAAUUGACAGGGAUGUGAACCCCUGUUCCUCCUCCUUCUCCAAAAUCUAAUUUCCGCGACCGAAUAUUCUAACCAUCCAUUCAUUCGUUCAUCCAUUCACCCCUGAUCUGCAAACAAACCUUCAACUAAGGUGCACCUUCUCCCUUUUUCUCUCACGCGAGCCACUUGCACGAAAUACGGAUACAGACUGGAAAUGAAAUUCCACACUCUGACCAUCCCGUUAACAUUAUCUCUACUACCCCUGACGUGGGCACAAGGUCUCGGUGGCGGCAUGCAGACGACCGCGCCUACAGACGCUCCUGUCGAGCCUACCAAAGUCUUGAUGCCAUCAACCCUCGCCGACGGCCUCGUCACAAAAGUCGCCUCGAUAUACACCCAGCAAUUCACAGGCACCCAGAGCGAGUUGCGUACGCCCAGCGCUGGCACCAUAGGCUUAGGAACGCUUACCGGGAGUGUGGGGGUUGUUAGGACUGCUGAGGCGAAUUCUGCAGUGGGGAGGACAAGGGCGCGGGGAGGGGCGGAGGAGGGGGAGGGCGUAGGUAUUCGGGAUGGAAGGAGUUGUAUUGUAUGGGAUGGGAGUUUUCGGGGGGGAUCGGUUAUCAAGGCUGUUGGUAUAGUAGCUUGUUUCGGCUUAUUGGUGUUUUUUUUCCUCUUUCGUUCUCCCGUUAUAUCAAUCGUAGCUAUAGAUCUUGUUUCUUUUCCACUUCAGGGGAGAGAGAGGGAGAGAUGUAAAAUAUGAAAUAAAACGCCGUCCAUCUUCGAGA